AUGGCAGGUAUUUCAACAGAUCUGGAUCCAAUAUCUUCAGAUGAUGAAUUAGACAUUGAUGAUAUUCCAUUCACGAUAUUAAAUAUGAUAUCAGGUAAUAGAGCCAAAUAUCAAAAACCUUCUCCUACACCAGUAUCCACCACUAUACCGACAAAAGGAACAAGAGAACCUUUAUCACAACAAAGAACCAUCCCUCCAUCGCUGUUUUAUUCCCAUCAUAAGAAACCUAACAAUGCAUCAAUUCGAAAGCCUAGAAGUGUUCAUAGUAGUUUUUUCACCGAUUCCGAUUCUGAUUCUGAUUCCGGUGAUGAUUUCAAUAUCACCCUUCCAAAAGUCUUUCAAUUCAAUGCCGAAAAGAAUGAGAAAAUAUUCUCAAAAGAGCAAGAAUUAAGACAAGUUAUACAACAAGAAACCGAGAAUUUAAAACAAGAAGUUGACAAUAUCAAUUCUCAGAAAAAUACACUAGUGGCGGAAUUGAAUUCUGAUGGGACUCAAGAAUGGACUAAGAAACCUAUCGAUCUUAAAAUUGAGGAUGAUCAAAAACUUAUUGAUUCUUUGAUGAGACAGAAUUAUAAACGAUCCGAUGGAUUUGGGAUAUCUCGACAUUUCUUCUUUUUGAAUGAUAUAAAGAGUAUUGAAUUUGGAGAAGAAGAUUCGGGGAGAUUUCCAUUAACUCAAGCGUUAUUGGGGAUGAUUAUGAGGGAUAAGAAAUCAGGAUGGGAAUUUGUGCAUAAAAAGACUAUUAUUAAACGAUUUGUGUUUAGUGUUCUUGAAUCGGUUCAGAAUCAUGAUCAAUUAAUGCAUAUUAAUGAAUUAAUUUCAAUGAAUAGAGAUACGACGGUGGAAAUGUUAUCCAAUGAAGAAUUAAUAUCAUCCAAUGAAGAAUUAUUAUCGAUAGUGAAGAAAUGUGGUGGGACUGUUGAGUUUAUAUCGUCGGAAAGUGUGCCUAUCAAAAUGGACCAAUUUAAUAAUUGUUUAAAGUUAGGAUUGUUCAGAUUGGCAAUAGUUUUGAAUUUUUAUUUAUGUUGUUGGAAUGAUCCUAUUAAUAAUGAAUUCUUGAAAUGUUUUAUAUUUAUAAUAUCUGAUUUCAAUGUUAAUAAACGAGAAUACUCGGGACUUAAAUAUUUCAUAAAAUCAGUAUUUACAAAUAUUAUUAAUUCCUUAUAUCCUGAUCAACAUAUUGAAUUUGUGAAGACUUUUACAAUGAUCUUGAAUAAUAUAAGAACAAACAUAUUUGGAGAAUCAGAAAUUCUUAAAAUUAAGAAAAUGGAUUAUGAACUUAAAUUCAACGUAUUAAGACUUCUCAAUAAUGUCUUUUCAACCACCAUCCAAAGUAACGUCUUAAGUAUAAUUGAAAAACUCAACUAUUACUCGGUUCUCGGCUCAGACUUUGAUAUUUCCCAACCCAUUCAACCCGACACAUUUGACAACAUGAUUCAAAAAAUAACCCUGGGCCUAAUCCUUGAAAACAUGUUUACAGAACUCGAAAAGGGCAACUAUGAAAUGGCAAAUCAGAUCUAUCAAUCCUACUACGAGAUAAAACAUCUUCCAUAUCUCCUAAUCCAUCCAUUCAAUUUCCAAACCACAAGAGAAGAAAAUUCUCGUCACUUAAAUCGAAUUAAAUCAUUAAUAGAAGAUUUGAGAAAGAAUAUCCUUAUGAAUAUCAAACAAGUUGGUUCAGUCAAUCUUGAUGAAUCAAAAUUUAAUCGUCAAGAAUUGGUGAAGUUUAUAACUGAUAAUUAUCAUGAUUUGAAUUAUAUGUGUACAAAACUUGAUAAAGAAUUGGAUUUGGUUAAGAGUGAUAUCUUUUAUAAGACAAAUGAUGAUGAAUAG